UGGUCUGCAGGUCUGGAGAACUCAUAACUAAACCCGGUCAAAGUUCACUUGCCACCUGCGUUUCACUUUUCAAAGGAUUACAGCUAGGAGGUGAAGAUGUGAUUCUGACUGGAGUUUCAUCUUCAGGGAUUUGGCUUUUCCUUCAGUUUGGGGGAGGCAGCUUAACGCCUGCUUCACCCAAAGCCCAGGGGACCGGGGUUGCCUCCCCCCUUUGACUGUGCCCCCAUUCUUGCUCCAGGCAGCACUUCAGGCUCUGACCUGUCUCUGUGGAACCUGCUCUGUGGAUGAAGGGCGCACCCGAGACCAGGUGAGGAGAGACCCCAGUGGCACCCUGCCUUCACCCGGAAGGAGAGAGGGAGACACGGAGGAUGGUGGAGCUUCCUGGAUACAGCCUGUCUGGUGUGUUUGCCUCCUUCUUCUUUAUAUUUCUCAGCAUGAAGCAAUCAGAUGACUUUAGAGUGACGGGUUCUGCCCAUCCUAUCCUGGCCAUGGUGGGAGAAGAUGCCCAGCUCACCUGUCAGCUCCUUCCCAGGAGGACCGCAAUGGACAUGGAGGUGAGGUGGUACCGCUCGGAGCCCAGCACUCCUGUGUUUUUGUAUCCGGGUGGAGAUGAGAUAACGGAGAUACAGAUGGAGGAGUACAGAGGCCGGGUAGAGUGGAUAGAAGACGGCAUCACUGAGGGAAGCGUGGCUCUGAAGAUUCACAGCCUCCGGCCAUCUGAUCACGGGCAGUACUGGUGCCGUUUCAAAGACAACAACUACCUUGCAGAAACAAGCCUGCUGCUCCAAGUAGCCAGUCUGGGGUCUGACCCUUACAUCCACAUGGGCGGAUCUGUGGAAAGUGGACUCCAGCUUGUAUGCACUGCAAAGGGCUGGUUCCCGGAGCCUCAGGUUUCCUGGCAAGACAUCAAGGGAGAAAAAUUGCUGACUUUCUCUAAUCAUAACUUCCAAGAUGAAGAUGGCUUGUUCUAUGUAGAAAGCACUCUUGUGGUCAGGGAUGCCUCUACAGAGACUGUGUCCUGCUUCAUCCACAACCCCUCACUCGCCGAGGAGAAGGGCUCAGAUGUCUCCAUCCCAGAAAAACUCCAAACAGAGAUGGCUUCCUUAAAAGUGAUUGGACCUUCCCAGCCCAUCCUUGUUAGAGUGGGAGAAGACAUACAGUUAACCUGCUCCUUGGCUCCAAAUACUGAUGCACAGAAGAUGGAGGUGCGGUGGGUCCGAUCCCACCGUUAUCCUGCUGUUUACGUCUAUAUGGAUGGGGCCCGUGUGGCUGGAGAGCAGAUGGAAGAGUAUCGGGGGAGAACUGCAUUGCUGAGUGAUGCUAUGAGUGAGGGGAGGCUGACCCUGCAGAUAAAUGAUGCCAGGAUUUCAGAUGAUGGGAAGUACUGGUGCCUUUUUGAAAAAGAUGGAGUCUACCAGGAGGCGGAUUUGGAUCUGAAGAUUGUAGGUCUGGGUUCUUCACCUCAGAUCUCCAUGGAGGGACUGAAGGAUGGAGAAGUAACGCUAAAGUGCACUUCAGAAGGCUGGUUCCCACAGCCCCAUGUGCAAUGGAGGGACACGGAAGGAAACACAAUACCAUCCUUUUCCCAGGACCUGACUCAAGGCAGCCAGGGGCUAUUCCAAGUGGAGGCAAUUCUACUGGUCACAAACAGCUCUGUUGUGAAUGUGACCUGCUCCAUCAGCAGCCCCCUUCUAGGCGAGGAGAAAAACACAACUUUUUCUACUUCAGAGUCCGGGAUGAUUUAUUCAUGGAAGAGACUGCUGAUUUGGGGAUUGCUUCUUCUUCUUCUUCUUGGAGUUAUAGGCUUGAUCUGGAGGAAAAGCUGUGGAAAAGGAAGUUAACUGAGAGUGUGGAAUGAGGAAAUUUUUCAGAAAUACUAGACCAAGAGGAAAAUGUGUUACAUGUCAUGUAUAUGAAAAUGUCAAUUUUAGUUUUAGAGUGCAAAAGCACACAAUUUAAAAUGAGUACUUAUAAAAGAAACAGAAGCAAUAUGUACAACACAAGCAAUAAAAUUCAAUGGAAAUAAAAAAUACUUUAAAUCACAGUGAAUUAAAGAAGAGAAGCCACACAUAGGAGAAGAAGAAUGUGAAAAAGUAAAGAUUUGGAAAAAGCCUUAAAAUCUUCUGAAGUGAGAAUGAAGGACACCUGCAAACGACAGACUGCCGCUUUCUAAGAAGGCAGACAGCACGGUUUUCACUGUCCUUUGAAGACUAUUCAUCUGUGGCAUUCUGGAAUUUUCUCUUUUGGAUCAUGUUAUUUUUUCUUCUAUAUUUAAACUCAUUUAUGUUUGAAGUUAUGUACUGAAAUAUUAUAGUAUGUAAUAUUAUUCUUUUACAAAUAUUUUCACAUUUAUUUAGUUUUUAAAUUUUUCCAACUGUCAUAAAAUACACAUAAAAUUCAUCAUUUUAAUCAUUUUAGAGUGUCUAAUUCUUGUUGUUGUUUAAACUAAAAGAGAACCAAAAACCAUAAACAGUUUCAGGGCUUUAUUCAGACUCUGAUUUUACAGUCUCUUGAAGAGAGAAAUAGCAAUGGCAGAAUGCAAAACGGGAAAGAUGCUAUUACUAACAUAAGAAAGAUAUGUAAUUGCUGAAAUGAUGUCUCAAAUCUGAAUUCAAUUAAAAUUAGAAAGAAUGUAAUCAAAUUGUAUUUAAUUUUCCUAUCCAUUAAAGUGUUGUUUAAGGAAAAGAA